AUGGGGUUCCCUGAUGCCAUCACGGGAGGAUGCCUCUGCGGCUCCAUCCGCUACUCAAUAUCUGCGUCUAGCAAGACCCCAUGGCCGCCUCAGUCAUCGGCCUGUCAAUGUACAAUGUGCCGCAAGUGGACAUCGUCACUCAUUGCGCAAUUCAUCAUUGUACUCCCUGACCAGCUCAAACCGCCUUUCCACACCCAGGAAACAUACGACGAAUAUGAAUCAUCGCCUGGCCGGUACAGAGGGUUCUGCAAGCGGUGCGGAACUUCGUUGAUUUGGCGGUCGGCGGAUGAUGGUAGCACCGUCGAUGUCUUCCUGGGUACAGUGGAUGAAAGGUGGCUUGUGCAUGAAGAUGGCGGCAAGGUUGGACAGGAGCUGGCUAGGCCGAAUGGAACACAGUUUUGGAUGGAGAAUGCCGUUCAGGGGGUGACUGAUCUGCUAAAGGGAGGGAAAGAGUUUCGCAAAGAAGGUGAAGAUGGAUGGGAGAGAAAGAGAGAAUAG